CUGGAGGCUGGGGCGGGAAGCUGGGCGGCAUGCAAGGUGGAAAGGAACUGAGUGAGCAGGCCUUGUUCCGGAGAAAGGGGUUUCUCUAGUGCGUGUGGUCAGAUGAUUGUCUCUGUACCUUGGAGUGACAGCGGCUUUGAGACUGGGCAAGGACUUCUGGUCUGAAGCAGAGGGUGACAAGAACUGCUCUGUCUCCAAAUCCAUCAUGGAGCAGAUCGAUGGAUCUGUCCAGAUGGAGUGUGCAUUGCUGUACAGCUUCCUGGAGGUAUCCCCUGACUGCAAGUUCAAAGAGCAACUGCAUAUUCUGCAAAGCCAGGGAAUUAUGCCUUGCCUGAGAGGUAGCUAUGAUGCUGAACUGGAACUUCAGACCGAUGGCAAUCGGAGUGGCCACUUGCAGAAUGGUGAGCUAGGGUAUGGCCCUGAGGUAGAUGAAGAAGUUGUCCGGAUCAUUGCUGCUCAGCUCGCUGAGAUUGGAGACCAGUUUGAUAAAGAAAUCAAAGCAAGAGUAGUAAAUGAUCUGGUGCAGCACUUUCUGAAUGAGAAUCUGUCCAGAGAGGAGAUAACCCGGCGCAUGUCAGAGGCAGUGGAAGGGCUUGCACGAGCCAUCCCCUCAGACAUGGAACGGGAGAAGGCCAUGUUGGUGCUAGCAAUGGUCUUAACCAAAAAAAUUGCGAAUACAAUGCCAUCCCUUCUCCAACGUGUCUUCAGCACCACUGUGAACUACAUCAGCCAGCAUCUCCAUAACUACAUUGUCAGAAUGCUGCCCUCCAAUGAGUGAGCUCUCCAGCCCUUCGUGUGCAGAAUGCAGCUCUUGAAGACUUUCUACUUCUGAUGUAUGCAAAUCAUUUUCUCUGCUCAUAACUUCUGAGGUACAGCUGUGACAGGGAGGGCAGAGCUUCAUAGAUAGAUAGGCUUUUGUAGACUAGCACAGCAAUGAUGGCAGUGUGCGCCGUGUGCAUGAGAAAUUGUAAAGGGAGAGGGAGGGGUAGGUAUAGCAGAGCUUUAGAUCUUGCUAAAAAGAGAAAAAAGGUAUCAGCCUUGGAUCAGGAGGAAUACCUGGUAUCUCUUAUGUGUGUGUUGUUACCACAUCUCAGGUUCAACAGACUUGGACUCAGGUUGUUUGAUACAUACCUGUAGUCCACACAGGGCAGCAAAAACUUCACCUGUGAUCCUGCUGCCUCAGGUUAUCAAUGUAUGUAAAUAUUUUGUGGGUUUUUUUAACUUAAAUAAAACUGUCACUUCUCAUGGCAAUACAGCUCUUGA